AUUCUGAGCCCUUUCUAGCAGGCCCCACUGCGUUUUCAUAUCGCCCGCCACGUCCGCCGGCGACACACGACGGCGAUCCCUCCGAUUUCACUCUCUCAAGAAUCGAAGCGAUGUUCCUCUACGGCGAGCUCCUCCGCCUCCAAUCGCAGCCUCAGCUCCGUCGCCCUUUGACUUCGAUCUGUCUCCUCCUCCAAUUGACCACGACGCUGAUCCCCUCGAACUCAUGACGACUGUAGGAGUAGAAACUGGAAGUUAUGCAGAACAGUCCGUAACUAAUGAUCUUGCUAUCAGCGCAGCACUUAGUGGAGUUGCAGUUGCGGACCUCACGCGUUUUGGUCGAAUCAGAGUUACUGGGGAUGACCGGAGUCAGUUUCUGCACAAUCAAACCACAGCAAAGUUUGAUUCUCUCACAGAAGGGGAGGGAUGUGACACUGUUUUUGUUACCCCAACUGCCCGAACUAUUGAUAUUGCACAUGCUUGGAUAAUGAAAAAUGCGAUAAUGUUACUUGUGUCGCCUUCUACCGGUAUAAGCAUCUCAGAGAUGCUGCAGAAGUAUAUAUUCUAUGCCGAUAAAGUAGAAGUUCAUGACAUCAGUAAGCAGACUUGCUUCUUUGUUCUUGUUGGACCUAAAAGUAACGAGGUAAUGAAGGCUUUGAAACUUGAUGAUCUUAUUGGAAAGCCGUAUGGUACACAUCGACAUUAUACUGUGGAUGGGAUGCCAGUAACAAUUGGUGUAGGAAGUGUUCUGUGCAGAGAUGGGUUUUCAUUUUUAUUGUCACCGUCUUCCUCAAGGGCAGUUUGGAAAGUUCUUUUAAACCUCGGUGCCAUCCCAAUGGAUGCUAAUACAUGGGAAAGACUUAGAGUUUUACAAGGAAGGCCCGCCCCUGGCAAGGAGCUUACUCACGACUUUAAUGUACUAGAGGCUGGCCUCUGGGAUGCAGUCUCUUUAGAUAAAGGGUGUUAUAAAGGGCAAGAGACAAUAGCCAGGCUAAUAACGUAUGGAGGUGUCAAGCAGAAGCUCUGGGGAAUCAAGCUUUCAGGCGCAGCUGAACCUGGCAGCUCCAUUACGAUUGUAGAAGAUGGAAAAAAGGUUGGGGUGCUCACAAGCUAUUCAAUUGGAAGAGAAGAAGGUGAGCAUCUUGGGCUGGGCUAUGUCAAAAAGCAAGUUGGUCUCGGCGAACAAGUUUGCAUUGGUGAUGUUUUGGGGACUCUGGUUGAUGUUCCCUUCUUGAGCCAUCCCCCUUCAGUAACCCCCUAAACCCUUACCUCAGCUCAUCCGAAGCGAAUUGUAAGUAUACUAUGAUGAAAAUGGGAACUACUGAUGAAAAGAACCGUUUUUCUUGGUGGAAUGAUAUAUGAAACUUCGUUUUAUGUUCAAGUAACGGGAGUAAAUUAAGAUAAGCAUACUUUCUUCAGCUGCAAAAUUUUCGCAUAUCGGAAAAGUAGUGAUACUUAGACUACAAACUAUUCUGUAGUAUGAAAAACGAAAAUGUUUGAUGACUGAUAAAUUUUGAUUGCAAUUGAUGAAGGGUAGCUCCGCAUUGUUGUUUCUUGA